AUGAACUCGACACCUCAGCAAGAAACAAAAGCCCUCACUGAGUUCAGGCUAUUCUCACGCUUGCCAUUCGAGCUCCAAGCCCGAAUUUUCAAAGAAGCACAUCCUGGUCUGGUGGUCAUUGAUUUACUUUUAUAUAUCUUUGUAGAAGCAGAUCAUAGCACAUUUAUUGUUACUCCUCCUAGAUAUUAUAAGCUGAAUAGUUUACUACUAGCUAGCAGAGAGUCACGCGCAGAGAUCUUUCGCAGAUUUUCAAAGUUUGAAGUUAUCACCCCACCUUUGUUUGACGAUCAUGUACAUAAGCGCAGCAGCUACUUUAGGCCUCAUAUCGAUAUUCUUGCUGUCAAAGCCAGUAUGAUUCUGCGAUUGUAUGACAUGGGCGGAAGGUUGUCUGCAGAAAACAUCACACAGUUGGCGUUGGGUCUGAGAUUGUGGUAUCAUCCUUGCAUGAGCUUUCGCGCCAGAAUGAACAACGCAGCCAAGCUAUAUACGUUCCUGAGUAACCAUUUUCCGGCUUUUGGAAAACUAUGGCUUAUAGUUAAGGCAGAAGAUCCUCGCGAAGAGUCUCCAUCAAUAAAGCACCUACGUCGAAUUCUGGAUGUUUCAGUUCGAUUUAUGGAUCUUGAUUUGCGCGUAAAGUACGCCCCGGGCCUAAGCGACCGACAAAAGGACGUGCAAGAAGAGAUCUUCCAGCGAAAAUUGAGAGAUAUCAAAAAACAUACGCAGAUUAUUGCUGGAGACUUCAGUCAGUUUUUGAAUACGAAAAAAAGUGAUCUCUGGCCUUCACCUGGAGAGGCAACUCUAAGAUACUGGAAGAUUCGUAGGCCUGUACCCGCUCUUAUGUGCUUGAUUACUAGAGAUGAAAUAGUCAGGGAUGUCUAUUCAUGCAAAGUCGAACACAGUGAUACUUCAGCCUGGCUUUGGGUGCCCACUUUGGGCGUCAACAUUGCUUGUCAUAAGGACGGAAGUCCUGUGCACAAAUACAAAGGGCUGGCUCAGAUAUUCGAUGGUGAACCGUGGUAG